AUGAAUAGACCACUACUGAAGGAAGAUAUCCAGAAAUAUAUCCAGCGCUGGCAGCAGCUAAAAACCCAGUAUGGAGACCAGGCGGUUAAUAUACCUGAAUUCAAUCAAAUAAGUAAGGUUAUCAGAAUCGUUCAGUCCCAGUACCUUAGACAAAAGCAACAGCAACAGCAACAGCAACAGCAACAACAACAACAGGGACCACUGGGUCAGGGUCAAGGUCAAAGUCAAGUUCAGCCGCCCCAGCAAUUCCAACAACAGGGACAAAUGCCAUUGAAUCAAAAUGGGUCUCAAUUGCAGUCUGGUCAACAAUUUCCGAUGCAACUCAAUAACGGUGGUGUGCCCAACAACAACUCAAACAUCAAUGGGAACUCAAUGAUGACUCCAAAUAUUGGCAAUGCCAAUGUCAAUUUAAUGUCUCAUGUUCCUAAUAAUGUCAGCGGCAUACCUACACCCCAGGGUAAUCAAGGGGUUUUAUCUCAACAAUCUCCUGCCCCUAGUCAUGGUUCUCCUCAGACUGCUCCUUUCCCUCAACCAACCGGUUCAUCUAUAAAUCAACCCCCUCAACAAAUGUUUCAACAUAAUUACCCAAGUAAUUCGAACCUUGCAAGUGCAACAAAUAACUCGACUCCUACCAGCUCCUCGUUCAAUUAUGUUCCACCGGCAGAAAGUCCCUUUUCUACUCAGCAAAUUCAAUUAUUCAGAGCCCAAAAUCUGGCUUUAAAAUAUUUGUUCAAAAAUAAUGGUUCUUAUAAUCAAAUUCCUCCAGGAGUUAUUGAUAUGGCCACCAAUGAAAGAAUGGCUUUCCCGGACACUGCUUAUAAUAACCAAAACGUGAACUCCCAAUCUCAACCAACUUCUCAACCCCCUUCUCACGCAUCAGGGUCCCCAGUUGUUGGUAUGCAACAACCUCCAACUCAACCCCAAUCGCAGCUGUUUAAUCAACAACAACAACAAGGAAUACCACAACAAGCAAGAAGUAAUUUCCCUUCCCAAUCUCCAGUUGAACCCUCGAAGAAAUUACCCGCCGGGAAAAGACCUUCUAAAUCUAAAACCCCUGUUUCUAAUCCUAAUCAAAAGAGAACUCCGUCAAUACCAAAUAAAAACACUCUUGAGCCAAUAGUGAUGAAGGAGGCUCCUCCCCAAAAUAUAAAAGACGUUGUUCCUGAUAAAGAAAAGAAUAAUAAAGUAAUUGUACCUAUAAGUAAGCCAUCUUUACAAGUUAACACUUUUGAAGUUCCUGAGUUUGUUGGUGAAAACAUUAAAGACAUUCCUUUCAAUUCAUUUUAUGUUCCUCAAAGUAGAGUUCAAUACCCUGGUGUUUUACCUGAAGGCUUUGAUAUCAACAACAUUAUGAAUAAUAAAGAAACUCUUUUGUUGUUAGAGAUUGAAUUCGAAAAGGAUGCCCUUCGUGCUAAAUUACAAUCAGUCAGUGAUGAUGAAAAAGAACGUAUUGAAGCUGAAUUAACUAAACUUGAAUUACUACCAUUACAAAAAAUAAUGAAGGGUAAAGUGUUGUCCCAAAUAUGGUUUAGUAAAUCGUUAUUACCAAACUCACAUCCUAAUUUUUUGGCAAAGUUCAAUAGCCUUUCAAUAGAGAAUAUUUCAGCAACUCAAGAUUUAUAUCAGCAACAAUUAUUCUCAUUGGUUCAAGCUCAAAAUAAAAGACACCAAAGUGCUAUUUCUAAAAUUAUAUCCCAUAAAACAACUCGUCAUGAAAAAAUCAUUUCAAGAAAGGAAAAAUUGGAGAAAUUUGGUAAUAAGAUUAAUAGUUUCCAUGCUCAAAUAGCCAAAGAAGAACAAAAGAAGGUCGAAAGAAUGGCUAAACAACGUUUGCAAGCUUUAAAAUCUAAUGACGAAGAAGCUUAUUUGAAAUUGUUAGAUCAUACUAAAGAUACAAGAAUUACGCAUUUGUUGAACCAAACCAAUCAAUUCUUGGACUCUUUAGCUCAAGCAGUUCAAACUCAACAAAAGGAAUCUCAUGAAAAAAUGUCUCAAGGUGGUAGAGGCUUCCAAGAAGUAGAACAACCUGAAUUCGCGUCAGAAGAAGAAAGAAGAGAAAAGACAGAUUAUUAUCACGUUGCUCAUCGUAUAAAAGAAGAAGUUACCAAACAGCCUUCAAUUUUAAUCGGUGGUACUUUGAAAGAAUACCAGAUUAAAGGUCUUCAAUGGAUGGUAUCUUUAUUCAAUAACCAUUUAAAUGGUAUUUUAGCAGAUGAAAUGGGUUUAGGUAAAACCAUUCAAACUAUUUCAUUGCUUACUUAUUUAGUUGAGAUGAAAAAACUUUCGGGUCCAUUCUUGGUCAUUGUUCCAUUAUCAACUUUGACCAAUUGGAAUAUAGAAUUUGAUAAGUGGGCACCUAGUCUCAAAAAGAUCACCUAUAAAGGUACUCCUAAUCAAAGAAAAGUGAUGCAAAAUGAUAUCAAAAUUGGUAACUUUCAAGUUCUUUUAACUACUUUUGAAUAUAUUAUUAAAGAUAGAAAUCUUUUAUCAAAAGUAAAAUGGGUGCAUAUGAUCAUUGAUGAAGGUCAUCGUAUGAAAAAUGCACAAUCCAAAUUAUCCGAAACUUUGACCCACCAUUACCAUAGUGAUUAUCGUUUGAUUUUAACUGGUACGCCAUUACAAAAUAAUUUACCAGAAUUGUGGGCCUUGCUAAAUUUUGCCUUACCGAAGAUUUUUAACUCGGUAAAGUCUUUUGAUGAGUGGUUUAACACCCCAUUUGCAAAUACCGGUGGUCAAGAUAAGAUUGAGUUAAGUGAAGAAGAAACAUUAUUGGUUAUUAGAAGAUUGCAUAAAGUUUUGAGACCUUUUCUUUUGAGAAGAUUGAAGAAAGAUGUCGAAAAAGAUUUACCUAAUAAAGUUGAACGUGUUGUUAAAUGUAAGAUGUCAGCUUUGCAAUCUAAGUUAUAUCAACAAAUGUUGAAAUAUAACAUUCUUUUUGCAGGAACUGGUGAUAAACCGGUUACCAUCAAAAAUGCUAAUAAUCAAAUUAUGCAAUUAAGAAAGAUUUGUAACCACCCUUUUGUUUACGAAGAAGUUGAGAAUUUAAUCAAUCCUACCGUUGAAACUAAUGACCAAAUUUGGAGGGUUGCAGGUAAGUUUGAGUUGUUAGAUAAGGUGUUACCCAAAUUUAAACAGACUGGUCAUAGAGUAUUGAUCUUCUUUCAAAUGACUCAGAUCAUGGAUAUCAUGGAAGAUUUCUUACGUUUGAGAGGGUUGAAAUAUAUGAGAUUGGAUGGUGGUACCAAGUCUGAUGAUAGAACUGGUUUAUUGAAAUUAUUCAAUGCUCCAGAUUCCGAUUACUUUUGUUUCUUAUUAUCAACCAGAGCUGGUGGUUUAGGAUUGAAUUUACAAACAGCGGAUACUGUUAUUAUUUUUGAUACUGACUGGAAUCCACAUCAAGAUUUGCAAGCUCAAGAUAGAGCCCAUAGAAUCGGUCAAAAGAAUGAAGUCAGAAUCUUAAGAUUAAUUACAGAAGAUUCCGUUGAAGAAAUGAUUUUAGAAAGAGCUCACGCUAAAUUAGAGAUUGAUGGUAAAGUCAUUCAAGCAGGUAAGUUUGAUAAUAAAUCCACCGCCGAAGAACAAGAAGCCUUAUUGAGAGCUUUGUUAGAAAAAGAAGAAGAACGUAGACAAAAGGGUAACGUUGAGGAAGAAGAAGAUUUAGACGAUGACGAGUUAAAUCAAGUCAUUGCUAGAAAUGACGGAGAAUUGGAUACUUUCAGAAAAUUAGAUGAAGAAAGAGCUGCAGCAACGAGACAAGCAUCUUAUUCCAGUAGGUUGUUUACUGACCCAGAAUUGCCAGAAAUUUAUAAGAAGGAUCCGGAAUCGCUUCUCAAUACUGAUGCAAAAAUUAUACAAGAAUAUGGUAGAGGUACCAGAGAGCGUAAAACUGCUACAUAUGAUGAUCAUUUGACCGAAGAACAAUGGUUGAAGCAGAUUGAUGGUGUUGUUUCUGAUAGUGAUGAUGAAGAAAACAAACCGAAACGUACUCGUGGCAGACCAAAGACUAAGAAAGCUGAUGAUGACCUUGAUCAAGAUGUGGAUCUGAAUAAUGAAGGUAAUGAAUCAAUUGCAUCCACUAAGAGAAAAGCUUUACUCGAUGACGACAACUAUGACUACUCUGAACCGGUUCCAACCAAAAGACAAAGGUCAUCCACUCCAAAAGGACCACCUACUAGAGGUAGAGGGUCAAGACGUGGUAAAGGACGUGGUGGACGAGGCUUGGGUCAACGUGCUACCCCAACUAUUGAUCCAUUGACCCCAGAAGAAAGAGCAUCUUUACAAUCAAGAAUGGAAUCCAUUUUAGACUUAAUAAUGAACCACACUGGUGAAGACGGAAGAAGGCUCAGUGAUUUAUUUUUAGUUAAACCAUCAAAAAGGUAUUACCCUGAUUAUUAUGUAUUGAUCAAACACCCUAUUGCAUUGGAUACUAUCAAGAAAAGAAUUUCAUCUAGAACUUAUACUGGGAUUAGAGAACUCCUAGAAGAUGUUCAUCUCAUGUUUAGCAAUGCUAGAAUUUACAAUGAGGAAGGUUCAAUUGUGUAUCAGGAUGCGACCAUCUUGGAAAGUUUGGCUAUUAACCAUUACAGAGAGUUAUCAUCAGACGCUUCUCCUGAAGAAGUAACAAGAACACUUGAUUUUACUGAUUUUGAUGAAAUCUAUAGUCUCAAGCCUCUAGUGAUUCCUCCUGUCGCCGUCAAACACCCUUUAGAGCAGCCAUUGGAUAACCUAGACACAAACGAUUCGAUGACUGGGUCUUUAAUCUCUAGUGGCGUAGGAAUAGAUGACUCUACUCCCUUUGGCAUAGAUUGA